CUCUCUGGCUGGGAGUGCUCGGCGACUCGUUUGGAUGUCCGAGGCUGAGGCGCCGGAGUCGGGAGAAAUGUCCUGAAAACACGCUUUAAAAAGCCAAACCAAGGAACUGGGCGAGAACCGGGGUGUUCGCGAGUCGGUGUAAAGUGAACGGAGACAUUUCCAACGUUAGAGGGUGGUUUUUUUCGAAGAUAUCCCGGGAGUUACCUGAGCUGGAGCGAAGUCCUGCGCUUGGGAAACUUUGGAGCGGCGUUAGCUCGGUGCUAAGCCUGUUAGCGCGCAGCGCUGCGGCCGAACUUUCUCCACCGACUUCACCGCAACAGGUCGACCCAGCCAUGAAGGAGGGACCCUCACAAGCCUGACGGAGACAUUUAUCGCUUUUCAUCCAGCUGGGAAAACGCAGCGAAGGGGAAAAGAGGAUAUAGAAAGUGUGAGUUAAGUUAGUUUAACCGGCCAGGUACGGAAACCUUCACCGCGGUCGGUGGCUACGCUAACGCUAGGUUAGGUUAGCCACACAGGGCAGAGAAAACAACACGGAUUCGCUUUAAAUGCGACACGACGCCAAGAUGAUGCCGAUGUUCUUGACCGUGUACCUCAGUAACAAUGACCAGCAUUUUACGGAGGUGCCCAUCACGCCGGAGACCAUGUGCCGCGACGUGGUGGAGCUUUGCAAAGAGCCGGGAGAGACGGACUGCCACCUGUCCGAGAUGUGGAGAGGCUCAGAGCGCGCCGUGGGAGAGGGCGAGAGGAUGCUGGAGCUGCUGCAGCGCUGGGGGUCACACAGGGCCGAGGUUCGCUUCUUCCUGCGGCACAACCGAGCGCCGGGCCGCGAGGCAGCGAAUGCCAGGGGAAUGGAACAGAAGAGGAAUGGUGUAAAAGGACCAUCAGACAGAAGGACGGAGAACGGGGUUGCUGCUCCGCGGAUGGACAUGACUCUGGCAGAGCUGCAAGAGAUGGCAGCCCGACAGCAGCAGCAGAUCGAUGCCCAGCAGCAGCUCCUAGCCUCUAAGGAGCAGCGUCUGCGCUACCUGAAGCAGCAAGAACAGAGGCAGCAGCAUCAAACCUCUGAGCAGGAGAAGCUGCAGCGCCUGAGGGAGAAUGUGGAGAAGCAGGAGGCUCGGCUGAAAAAAGUGCGAGCCCUGAAGGGCCAGGUAGAGCAGAAGCGCCUCAGCAAUGGAAAACUGGUGGAGGAGAUCGAGCAGAUGAACAAUCUGUUCCAGCAGAAACAGCGAGAGCUGGUGGUGGCUGUGUCUAAAGUGGAGGAGUUAAGCAGGCAGCUGGAAAUGCUGAAGAACGGUAAGAUGGAUGCCCUCCAUGACAACCAGAGCUCUGUGGCUGAGCUGGAUCGACUCUACAGAGAGCUACAGCUGCGGAACAACAUGAACCAGGAGCAGAACGCCAAGCUGCAGCAGCAGAGGGAGAGCCUGAACAAGAAGAACCAGGAGGUGGCUGCCAUGGACAAGCGAGUCAGUGAGCUCCGUGAUCGCCUGUGGAAGAAGAAAGCAGCUCUGCAGCAGAAGGAGAACCUUCCUCCACAGAUCCCAGGCGUCUUAGACCCUGCACAGAUUGAAAAUGGCUUCCCUGUUAAGGAGAAGGCUUCAAAAGACCCCCAACUUAAGGUGCCGCCUGAUGGUCAGGCGCCCCAGCCGGUGGGCCCCUCUCGGGUGGCUGCUGUUGGACCAUACAUUCAGUCGUCCACCAUGCCUCGCGGCCCAGUGAGACACGAGCUGCUAGUGAAGCCCACCUACCCAGACGGCACAGCCACGCUGCCGACUCAGGACAAGAGCGCAGCGCUAAACCAGGGCAAACCUGGCCCAGGGCUGCAGUCAGCAAAGGUGGCCGACUGGAGUUCACCCGCCACGGAGCCCAGCGCUGUCCAUGGCUCCUCCACUCUUCCUCGUAUGCCAAGCCAGGCUCCAGCAGAGCAAGAUGACACAGAAGUGCUGAAACGUGGCCAGCAGGACCGAAAGGUGCGGCCAGUCUCCAUGUUCGAGCCCACCGAGCCGCCUGCGGCAUCCUUGCGCAAGAACCAAAGCAGCGAGGACCUUGUGAGGGACGCCCAGGGUGCUGUCAAAAACACUGUGAAGGUUCCUCCACCAGUGCCAAGCAAACCCAGACAGGUCAACCUGCCCUCUGGUGGUCAGAUUGGGUACGGCAAGCCUGGUCUCAUAACAGGAACCUUCCCUGGCAAGAGCAAGCCAGCCAGCCAGCAGCAGUCUACCGGCCCCCACUCCCGCAUGCCCCUUCCCUCAUCCCAGAGCAACACCUUACCCCUGCCCUCUAAGCAGGAGGCGCCGCCAGCUGCCACUGUCCGACCUUUCACUCCAGAACCACCAGGGGCCAAGGACCCCAGCGGGCAGCCUUUCCACAAGCCCCAGACACUGGCGGCCAGCUCCAUCUACUCUAUGUACACAAAGCAGCCCACUCCAGGGAAGGGCUUGCAGCAAGGGGUGCAAGGAGCACUGAAUCGCUCCCAGACUCGCAACAACUUUAUUAGUGUGUAUGGGAAGCCUGUGAUUCCGACAGGUCAGCAGUCCCAGCCCCAGCAUGUCGAAAACCCCUAUCUGGAGCGGCCCUCCGUUCAGGAGACGGAGGCAGACCACAGCACGAACGGUGGUCCUGCUCCAGAGAACCAGGAGACAGAGCGCAUCCCAAGACCACUCAGCCCCACCAAGCUGCUGCCCUUCAUCUCCAACCCCUACCGCAACCAGAGCGACGUGGACCUGGAGGCUCUGCGGAAGAAGCUGUACAACGCUCCCAGACCCCUCAAGAAGCGCAGCUCCAUCACCGAACCUGAAGGUCCAGCUGGUCCCAACAUUCAGAAGCUCCUCUAUCAGAAGACCACCCUGGCUGCUAUGGAGACCACCGUGAACUCUCCUAGUCCUGCAGAGGAGGAGAAUUUACCGGCAUCCGAUUCCCUCACCCCUGAAGAACCCUCACCCGAAGUACCUGAACAGCCACAUUCUGACCCACCACCGCCACCAACAACCGUACUGAAGAUAGAUGGCGAGGACUUUAUCCCUCCUCCUCCGCCUCCACAUCCAGCCCCACGUCCUGAAGAGGCCCUCUUACCUUCACCCCCUCCUCCUUUGGCAGAGGAGCAGAUGCCUGGGCUUCCACCACCUUCAGAGAGCUACAUGGAGGAGUUCCCUCCAUACCCUCCACCUCCUUACCCCAGCGGUGCUGAGCAGGAAGCCCUGGGAGAAGACACCUUCAAUAUGAAGCCCCCUGAGGUCACGGGCCAGGUUCCUCUCCCACCUGGCAAGAGGACAAACCUGCGGAAGGUUGGAUCGGAGCGCAUCGAUCACAGCAUGAGGGUCAAAUUCAAUCCCCUGGCUCUUCUUCUCGACUCCUCUCUGGAGGGAGAGUUUGACCUGGUGCAGAGGAUCAUCUAUGAAGUUGAGGACCCAAGUCAGCCCAACGAUGAGGGCAUCACAGCUCUGCACAAUGCCGUCUGUGCCGGUCACACGGAAAUCGUUAAGUUCCUGGUGCAGUUCGGAGUCAACGUCAAUGCUGCGGACAGUGACGGCUGGACCCCACUGCACUGCGCAGCCUCCUGCAAUAACGUGCAAGUGUGCAAGUUUCUUGUGGAGUCUGGAGCCGCCGUGUUUGCUACCACCUACAGCGACUUGCAGACGGCUGCCGAUAAGUGUGAGGAGAUGGAGGAGGGUUACACCCAGUGCUCGCAGUUCCUCUACGGAGUCCAGGAGAAGAUGGGCAUAAUGAACCGAGGUGUGGUGUACGCACUGUGGGACUACGAGAGCGAGGAGGACGACGAGCUGCAGUUCAGAGAGGGAGACUGCAUGACGGUGGUGCGGAGAGAAGACGAAGACGAGGUCGAGUGGUGGUGGGCGAGGAUGGGGGACAAAGAGGGCUACAUCCCCAGAAACCUCCUCGGACUGUAUCCAAGAAUAAAGCCACGACAAAGGAGCUUGGCUUAAAUCGACGCGUGGCUCUGGAGGACGUUCAUAUCCCUCCGAGAUGGACUGCCACACUCGAUAUCGGUAUCCUAAAACAUGCUAAAGACUAAUGCAUGAGGACCUGCAAACAGAUGAAGAGACCAAAACAUGAAGGAUAUUUUCUAAGGAAGACAAACUGACAGUUCAAGGAAAGAAAACUGGCAGUUGAACUCCACGCUGCAGAUGGGUUUAGGACCACUGACUCUUUUGGCUCAUCUGAGGCACUUUUCUAAUUCGUUGAAUAUAUUGUUUUUCUUUCUUACUUCUCGCCAUUGUGCUAACCGUAUUCAUCCUCUUGUGCGAGUCGCGUCUAGAAUACAGCGGAGUAUUUCUCUAUAAUGGGAAUAUCAUGUCUUGUGUAGCUGAUCUGUGCUUUAUCUCCUGCUCUCUUGGGUGUUUGUUACAUGUUUUUAUACACAGACAGCUCCUUCCCUAGUCAGUGCUUUAUUAUGUCAGUUAUGAGAUUAUUGAACUACGAUUAGGCCUGUUGAAUGCGUUACACUGGGCCGACCCUUCUUUAGACAAUCCGGAGAUCGUGUUUUGAUGUACCUCGUCAUCCUAUACGAUUAAACACCUCAGCCGCUGAAAGGAGGAACCUUUGGGAGCGGUACGUGGCGAAUCAGCCACAAUACGGAGACGUUUAAAUCACAAAUUCCCUGGUUGUAGUGAUGUUAACUGACGUGAUGCUUCAAAUCACCUCUUGGAACUCGUUUUCUCCAAGAAAGAACACAAUGCGGCGAGAGACCCUCGUGUCAGGGCCCUCGGAGCUCAGAAAAGUGCUUGAAAUCCAAUGAAGUAUUUACACUGUAGGCUUUAAUUAGUGAUUUGAGACCACUGCGUUUACCUUCGCUCAGUAUUUGUUUGCCUCCAAGUGAUAAACUCUAUGUAACGUGACGAACCGAAACGGCUUGAGUGCUGCAGAUCAAAGUGGGGGCGCCUGAAACCGCUGGAGUACCGGAUUAAGCUGAUCUCUCUUGUCCCAGACGAUGGAGCCUCGUUGUGUUCAUCAUUCCGUCUGGCCAGUGAUCAAAUGCUGGUGUUUGUUCUGUUGGAUCUCUUUAAUCAAGAGCUGUUAUCACAUUUCCGCUGGUGAUAUGGUGGAAGUGAUAUGGCUAAGUAUUCUCCCUUUAUCCCCCUUUUUUUUGGUCUUCUUGUCUGUGUACCUACUUUUUAGCGCCUCCUUUCACAGUAGAUGGUUUGAUCUCCUCAGCAGACACCGCUGUCGAGGCAGAUGUAUUUAUUUUGUUAUUUUACUGUGAUUUCUCGUCUCCGUCUCGUGCUCUGUAACCUCACUCAAUCAUAAACCAUUUUACACACUAAA